AUGUCGCCGUCGGUGCAAAACAGUCACUUCAAACUGCUCCAGCAGUUCAAACCAGACUACUCGCCGAGCGAGUUCACCCAGUAUGAAUCACAGCGCACCGGCAUGAGGGUGGUCGUCAUCGACCAGCCCGGUCCUAAGGUGAAUGGCUACUUUGUGCUUGCCACUGAGAUCCACGAUGACUCCGGUGCCCCUCACACCCUGGAGCACCUGUGCUUCAUGGGAUCCCGUAACUACCGCUACAAGGGAUUCCUGGACAAGUUGGCUACCCGUGUAUACUCCAGUACCAACGCCUGGACAGCUACGGAUCACACGGCCUAUACGCUGGAUACCGCAGGCUGGGAAGGCUUUGCGCGUAUCCUGCCAGUCUACCUUGAGCAUGUCAUUGCUCCCACUUUGACCGACGAAGGUUGCUAUACCGAAGUUUUCCAUGUCGAUGGCACUGGAAAUGAUGCCGGUGUUGUGUACUCCGAGAUGCAGGGCGUGCAGAACAAUGCAGCUGAAUUAAUUGACCUGGCGGCCCGGCGGUUGACUUAUCCGGAGGGUAAUGGCUUCCGUUACGAGACUGGAGGCAUGAUGGAACAGCUGCGUGUCUUGUCUGCGGAGCGGAUUCGCGAGUUCCAUCGCGAGAUGUAUCAGCCCAAGAACCUAUGCCUGAUCAUUACCGGAGAAGUCGAUCAGAAGAACAUGCUCGAUAUUCUGGACAAAUUCGAAGACACAAUCUUGGAUGUUAUUCCUAGCCCAGAGGCGCCUUUCAAGAGACCUUGGGUGGACUCCGUACAGGCUCCUUAUCUGGAGAAGUCAGUUAUCAAGAAAGUUGAAUUCCCCGAGGAGGAUGAAGACUUUGGUGAAAUCGAGAUCCGAUUCAUGGGACCUGAUUGCACCGACCCUAUUCAAUCCGGAGCUCUCAAUGUAUCUCUCUUGUAUCUCGCCGGCUCAUCCGCUGCUCUUUUGGAGAACAUCAUUGUUGAGAAAGAGCAGCUCGCUAGUGCCGUGUACUAUGCGACUGAGGACCAUCCCAGCAUGGAGAUUCGUUUCACUCUGACCAGUGUCGAGACAGCAAAACUAGAAAAGGUUGAGAAGAGAUUCUUUGAGAUUCUCCAAGAUGCCAUGAGCAAAGAUUUGGAUAUGAAAUAUCUCAAAGAGUGCAUUGAUCGUCAGCGCCGGACCUGGAAGUUCUCAACAGAGACCUCUGCCUCCUCGUUCGCAGAGUACGUCAUCUCUGACUUCCUGUUUGGAAAGCGAGAUGGCUCGACCAUGAUGGAUGUUGCAUCCCUCAAGGAGUAUGACACUCUGGAGACCUGGUCUCAGGACCAGUGGCGUGAUUUCAUCAAGAAAUGGAUCUCCGAUGCGGCCCAUGUUACCAUCUUAGGUGUGCCGUCCCACAAGAUGUCCGAGACAUUGAAGAAGGACGAGGAGGCCCGAGUCGCAGCGCAGAAGGAGCGUCUUGGCGAGAAGGGCCUCAAGGAGCUUGCUGAUAAGCUCGAAAAGGCCAAGGCAGAGAACGACAAGGAGAUUCCUCAGGAGCUCUUGGAGAAGUUUGCUAUCCCUGGAACUGAGUCUAUCCACUUCAUGGAUACGACAACAGCUCGCUCGGGUGCUGCCUUGAAGGCUGGACGUCCUGACAACAAGAUCCAACAGGUCGUCGAUGCCGACAAGUCUGACCAAUCCCUCUUCAUCCACUUCGAGCACACCCCCAGCAGCUUCGUUCAGCUGGCGGUCCUUAUCUCUGCUGACUCCGUGCCCGUUCAACUGCGUCCCUUGCUAUCCAUCUACACCGAAGCGUUCUUCAACGUUCCCGUCCAGCGUGAUGGCAAGACAAUCGACUUUGAGCAAGUCGUGGUCCAGCUGGAGAGAGACACUGUUGGAUACUCGAUGGAAAAUGCCCGCGGUCUUGGAAACUCAGAGAUGCUCCGCGUGUCCUUCCAAGUCGAGCUGGAGAAGUACGAGAACGCCAUUGCCUGGCUGAAGGAGCUGUCCUGGAAGUCUAUCUUCGACGUGGAGAGACUUCGUGCCAUCAACACCCGCCUGUUGGCCGACGUGCCCGACUCCAAGCGCAGCGGCGAUGACAUGCUCGCCGCAGCCCAUGUGAUGGUUCACUACGCCCAGGAAUCAAUUGUCCGCGCUCGUUCCACUCUCGUCAAGGCUCGCUACCUCAAGCGCAUCAAGCGCCUGCUCGCUGAAAAUCCCGAAGAGGUCGUAGCCCGCAUGGAGGAGAUCCGCACUUCUCUCUUCCAGCCCGACAACGUCCGUGUCAUUGUCAUUGCCGACCUCGAGAAGCUCAAGAACCCCGUUUCGGCCUGGAAGUCCUUUGCCGAAACCCUGGGCACCAGCACUGACCUGCGACCCAUCACCGUCCGACGCGAGCGGUUGAGCGACGCAGGCAAGAACAUCGGUGGCAAGUCCUACAUCGUCCCCAUGCCAACGGUCGACUCGUCCUUUGCCUACGCCACCGGCCGUGGUCUGGACUCGUACGACCACCCGAAGCUGCCCGCCCUGUUGGUUGCAAUCUCGUACAUGAACGCCGUCGAAGGUCCCCUGUGGGUUGCAGUUCGUGGCACUGGUCUGGCAUACGGCACCAACUUCAGCUACAACAUCGAUACUGGCUUUGUCAACUUUGAUGUGUACCGGUCUCCCAAUGCCCACAAGGCCUUCGAGUCCAGCAAGCAGAUUGUCGAAGACCAUCUUUCUGGUGCUACGCCUUUCGAUCCGCUUAUGCUCGAGGGUGCCAUUAGCAGCAUUGUGGUUAACUUUGCCAAUGAGCAGAUGACUGCUGCUAGUGCUGCUCAGGGCAGUUUCAUUCGCCAGGUCGUGCGUAACUUGCCUAGUGACUACAAGGAGAAGAUGCUUAAGAAUGUGCGCGGUAUCACCCUCGAUGAGAUCAAGGGUGCUCUUCGUGAGAUCAUUCUGCCACUGUUUGCUCCUAAGACGGCCAACUUGGUUGUCACCUGCGCGACUGUCUUGGAAGAGACUAUCAAGCAGGGCUUCGAAACCUCAGGCUUCACUCCUACUGUUCAACCUCUGAAGGAAUUCGAGGAUGACUAUGGUCUGAAGGCUGGCGAUGAGGAAGAGGAAGACGAAGAUGACGAAGAUGAUGAAGACAGCGAGGAAGGCAGUGAGGAUGAGGAGUGA